AUGUUUGUUGCAAGUUUCAUCUCGCCGUGGGCCUUGCUCCUUCUCCCUGUUCUCUACUACCUCCUGCCAUAUCUCCGGAACUGGAGUCUGCUCAAAGUCCCCGGUCCACUGCCAGCUGCUCUCUCCAAUCUCUGGCUGUUGUAUCAAUGUCGACGAGGACGGCGGUAUAAGGCCGUGGACGAGGCGCACAAGAAGUACGGCAAGGUGGUGCGGAUCCAGCCGAACCAUGUCUCCAUCGCGGAUGACCGGUACAUCAACACGAUCUACGGGCACGGCAACGGGUUCUUGAAAAGUGAAUACUAUGACGCGUUCGUGUCAAUUCAGCGAGGACUGUUCAACACCCGCGACCGAGCCGAGCACACUCGCAAACGCAAGGUCGUGUCGCACACGUUUUCAGCCAAAUCGAUCGGCCAGUUCGAGCAAUACAUCCACGCCAAUCUGGACCUGUUCGUGCAGAAAUGGACGAACCUGGCGAAAACGCGAAAGAACCUGUCGACGGGCUACGCGUCCAUCGACGCAUUGCACUGGUUCAACUACCUGGCCUUUGACAUCAUCGGCGACCUGGCAUUCGGACAGCCCUUCGGCAUGCUCGAGCAUGAAAGGGACUUUGCCGAGAUCCGCAAAUCCCCCGACGCGCCGCCGACCACGGCGCCAGCCAUCGAAGUGUUGAACCGCCGUGGCGAAGUGUCAGGCACCCUCGGGUGUCUGCCACAAUUGAAGCCAUAUGCGAAGCAUCUCCCCGACCCAUUUUUCAGUCAAGGAGUAGAAGCAGUCGAAAACCUCGCGGGCAUCGCCAUUGCGCGCGUCAAGCAACGACUAGAGAAUCCCAACACGGACCGCGUCGACCUGCUAGCACGUCUAAUGGAAGGCAAGGACGCAAAGGGCAACAAACUCGGUCGCGAAGAAUUGACGGCCGAAGCACUGACACAGCUCAUUGCCGGAAGUGACACUACCUCCAACACGGCCUGUGCGAUUUUAUAUUACGUGGUACGCACGCCUGGAGUCCUCGAAAAACUCCAAAAGGAACUCGACGCCGCCAUUCCGCCCGGAGUGCCGAAAUACGAACAAGUCCGUGACUUGCCGUACGUCCAGGCCGUUAUCAACGAGACCAUGCGCAUCCACAGCACAAGUUCCCUGGGUUUGCCUCGUGUCGUUCCUGGAGCCGAUACCAAAAGCAAUGGUGGCAAUGGCGGUAAUCCGACGCCCGCCACCGGUGCAGGCGUCGAUAUUUUGGGUUAUCACUUCCCUCCAGGAACAGUCCUCAGUGUGCCCAGCUACACAAUCCAUCAUUCAAAAGAGAUCUGGGGUCCCGAUGCCGACGAGUUCGUUCCCGAGCGUUGGUCUGAAUCGCGUCUUACCUCCCGCCAGAAGGAGGCCUUUAUUCCAUUCUCGGUCGGCCCCCGAGCCUGCGUCGGUCGCAAUGUCGCGGAGAUGGAGCUCAAGUGUAUGGUUGGCACGGUGUUUCGCAACUUUGAGUUCAGAGAUGAACAUCAGGGUGAAAUGGAGACGAGGGAAGGGUUUCUCAGGAAACCGCUGGGGUACCAUGUUGGCAUUCGCUUGAGAGAUGGGACUGCGUGA